ACCGCUUGUAAACAUCCAAGACAGAGUCUGUGAUCCGUGCAGAUGAGCCUAUUUACCUGUAGUUAUUCCUGACAAAUUAUCCACCCUGCAAAUCUUUGUUUAAUCACAGAUGUGCUUGGAACGUGAAACUUCUUGACAAUGUGCAUCCGUCGCUAAGCCAAAUGGGGUGUGAUGUUUUGCACCCUGUCAAAAUAAUCUGUAAUUAAAGAUCUUCAUCAAAUGUUAUAAAAUUUUGCAAAUGCUUUUAAAAAAAAUUAUCAUAAAAAUGUUCAAAGGCAUUUAUAAAAGUUACGUAUAUUUCUCCUGCAUCAUCGAAGAGAUAUCUCCAACUUAACCAAACGUAGCUCGUUUUAGUCUGCUUUAGCACAGCUGUCUCAAAAUGAACAAAAUAUUCCCCAAUGUAUGCACAUAGAGAAACUUUUUGGGGUUGUUUUUUUUUUAAUUUUUGCACUGUGGUGUACAGUAUUCUGCAUGUUUGCAUUGCUUGCAGAUACACUGUACAGUAGUUGCUUUACGUCUGAAUCCAAGGUGCCAUCUGAAGCCUCAGCUGUGACCCUGUGUUGACUGACCUUCAAAGUCAAACUAUAAACAAACUCACAGAUAUCCAUUUUCAAAUGGACAAACGAUGUGUGAAUAAAAUGCAUACGCAACUAAGUGUACAUAACUAUUUUGCUUCCGUGGGGCAAAAGCUGUGUUUUCAAGUAUAUUAAAGCGGCCUUACUUUUACAUUAAAUAGCCUUUGGCGACACCCAGCGUAUUUUUUAAAAUAACCCUUUUCCUCCACACCGACAGGUGGCAGCCCUGAGUUAAUGAAGUACUAACAACUUACAAGCAACUGUGUCGCAGAAAUACAAUAAAUAGAACGGAUGUGUCAGUGCAUGUUGGUAACUUGAGUUUUUGAACAGCAAACAGCUAACUGACUGAAAAUGAAAAACAAAACAACGACGAGUAUAACAAAAUGAUUGCUGUUAUAUUUAUGCCUAUGAACUGAUUAUGAACAUCUGUAAUCAUCCUGAGAAGGACAGCAAAAAUUGUAAUGAAACACAAUUUCGACAAUGAAAGUUUAAAUAGCUGCUAUUUUUUUAGCUCUUCAAACCAAUAAUAUAUUAUUUUUCUUUGUUGCAUAUGAUGGCAAACUGAAUAUAUACCGAUUUACAUACCAGUAUAUAUAUAUUGUCCUUAGAGAUUAUAAAAGUAUUCUGUUUCUGACAUGAUUGGCGUUUUUACCAAUGAUGCAUGAAAGCAGUCUGGAUUAUAUGCAUACAUACACAUAUUGAGAGUAUAUUUGAAUCUUAUGAGAAAGGGGGAAAUGAUGGGGUUAUUAUUUAGUCACACACAACUUCCAAACUAAAUAGUUAACAGCUUAUUGUGAAGCUCACUUUGCACCACUGAUCUUGGAUAUGAAAAAAAAAAAUAGAUGUGACAAAAUAAGGAACUAGUCUUAAUUUUAGUAUCUGUAUCUGUAUUGAGACCCCGGAUGUCAAAAAGUUCUGUGUUAAUUUCUGUUAGCAUAUACGGGAAAUCAUCUGGGCUAAUAUCAUAUAUACCUGUGAUAAUGGCUAAUACUGGUUAAUAAUAUCGAUCUAGCUUUAGUCUUUUUACAGGUUAACCUUGCAGUAGCAACAAGUGAAGUCGCCCCAUAGAUCAUUACUCUUACCUUACUAACGAGGUAAGCGUAGCCAGAAAAGGUGUCUGUUAUGAUUAUGAAACAAGUUAUUUUAGCCAUCCAACUCUAAAUGUAUAUAACAUACUACGCGAUAGACGCAUACCAAAGGAGAUGGGAGGAAAAGAAAAAGAAGAGAAACACUUUGUAUAAACGAAUUCAGCCUCGGACUCUCCUGUAAUAAACAUUUCCUACCACCAGCAGUUAUGUGCAUUGUGUACUCAUCUCUUUUCAUCCAUUGUAGAGGCGAGGUAUAUACCCGAAAUAUAAAGCGCACGCACUGUGAACUCUACGAAACACUUUUAAUUACGCCGCCGUGUGCCUUCUCUCUCUAGUCGGUCUACUUCUACACCAGAAGACGGCGCAGUGUUUGGGUACUCGCACAGGUUAGCUUGUUGCUAACUCCACAAUGGACUGCGCUCCCAGUCUGUGUCCCGCCGUCACUCAAGAGAUACAAAACGCCCCAGAAAUGUGCGACGGCUCCUCGAUGGAGGACGGGUUGGUUGACGCUUUUGGGGAUCUGGCUGCCCUUCCGGUGGAGGCUGGCGAGAGAAGACCGACAUGUUUCCGUUGCCGUCGCCCUCAGAAGGUGUGUCUAUGUCCUUUUCUUCCACCACAACCUCUGGAGGUCUCCACAUGUCUGUACGUAGUGCAGCAUCCUGCAGAGGAGAGCCGAGUACUCCGCACAGUUCCUCUACUUGCUGCUUGCUUGCCACAAGGAAAAUGCAAUGUCAUAGUUGGAAGGAGAUUUAAUGAGGAAAAGCACCCGGAGCUGGCUGCGGUGUGCCGGGACAGCAGAACGCUGAUUCUGUACCCAGGACCUAAAUCGGAGAACCUUGAGGAGUUGGUGCAAUACCAAGAAGUGGGCACUGCGAAAUAUAAUGUCAUCAUCAUAGACGGCACCUGGAGCCAAGCCAAAAACAUGUUCCUCAAAAACAGCCUUUUCCACCUGCCCAAGCAGGUGCAGCUCAAUAGGACUUUAUCAAGUCAAUACGUGAUCCGCACACAACCUUCCAACAUCUGUCUGUCUACUCUGGAAUGUGCCGCUGUCGCUCUGUCGAUCCUGGAGCGGAAUGAUGAGAUCCAAGAGGUUCUGCUCAAGCCCCUGAAAGCACUCUGCUCCUUCCAGCUUCAGCACGGCGCUCAGAUCCAUCAUAGUAAGGAACAUCUGCUGAAGAACGGCAUGUACGACAAGCCCAUGCCAAAGAACAAGCGCAAGAUAAAGAGGAUGGAGAAACUCCUCAGUGACCACAGCAUCUGCCCCAGAUGAGGGCAUGUCAGAGCAGAGAGGACAGGCCCUGUCAGCUCUGCUUCUCCUGCUGUUUGCACUGUGUCGGACUGUGCGAUCAGAGUACAAGGAUGGAAACGAUGAGACAUAAGGGGACUUUUUUCCUUUUUGUUUUUUUGUAAAAACACUUGUAUAUGCUGAUAAAUAUAAUUUAUGUAUUUGUCAUUAAUUGUAAGUAAAUUACUGACAAAUAAAUGUUGUACUUGAAGCAUCA